AAGAUAUCGAGCAUCGAUUCAUCGAUUGAAACGCACAUCACUAGUCACUUAUCAGCAUUUGUGCAAAAUGUAAAACGUCUUAUGAUGUACACGUAGACGUGAUAUAACCUCUGCUGACGACCUUAUCGUUACAAUAUUUUCUAUAUUUAAUGAUGUAAAGUAUUUCUAGGAUUUUGCAUACGACGUGACAUUUGACGAAUAUCGUGCAACGAAAACUAUCGCACAAUGAAUCUAAGUAAAACAGAGAAACUGUUAGCUGCUAAGAAAAAGCUAAAAGAAUUUCAACUUCAGAAGAAAUUACAAGCACGAGAAGCCUCAGAUAAGCCACAAAAUGCAAAUAUAUCAGAUGAAUCUAUGUCACAGUGCCAAACAAGUCACCAAGGUAUAGAAAUGGAUAAAUCCUGUAAUCAACAUAAUCAAAAUAAAACAAAACAUUCGGAAAACUUUUUAUAUUCUGAAAGGCACAUAGAUGAUGUGAAUGCUACACAUAAGGAAGAAAGUUUAUUUAGUGCUUUUAGUGAUACUAAUAACUUGACAAAUACAACUGAAGUUAAAACAGUUACAAAUAAUAUUCAAGCAACAGAAAAAAACUCAACUUUGGAAUAUUUUUCAGAAGAGAAUAUAUCAUGUGAAAGUGAUGAUAAAAGUACCACACAUCCACAUCUUCAGACUAACAUAGCUAACACUUUACAGUUUAUUGAAAACAAUGAUAAAUAUAACUUAAAUAUUACACCAUCUAAUGGACCAUCAAUGGUGCAGAAAGAACAUUUGUUAGAAAUGGCCUCAGAGGUUGCUAAUGCCCUAACUGAUGAUAUAGAUAAUAGUGAGUCAACUCUAGGUAAUCUGGAUGCAAAAUGUCACUAUCAGUUUGUAAAUACUUAUGUGGAAGAACAGAAACAGCUUGUAAAUGACUUACACAUUCAAGUCAGCCGUUAUCAUAGCAGAAUGGCUGAAUUAGAAGAAAUCUUAGCUACAAAAGAUUCUGAAUUUGAAGCCAGACUCAUUCGCGAGAUAAAUCCUUUGAAGGAGCAAUUGCAGGUUCAUGCACAGACUACUGGUAUCUUAAUAGCAGAGAAAGCAGAACUUACAGCAGCUCUGGCACAAAGUCAGAAAGCUGCAAAACAAAAUUCAGAAGAAUUAGAAGAAAUGAAUGGGAAACUAAAACAUAGCCAACUUCGUAUCAACGAACUCGAAAAGGAAUUGGUUCAAAUGAAAGAUGAUUCUAAUGAAAUUAAAAAAAAUGCCCAGUCGUUGCAGGAAGUCUAUGACGAUCUUGAGAAAAAGUAUUUCGAUUUUAGAAAAGAGAAAGAAGACCUGGAACUAGAAACGUCAGAAUUAAAGCAGAAGCUGAAUUUAAAAAAUACAGAAUUCAUCAGUUUGCAGCAGGGAUAUCAAGAGAAGGCAGCUUUACUUUCGUUAAAUGAAUUAAGAAUACAACAGUUAACUGAUACAUCACAAACAUUAGAAUCUCAGCAUCAAGCUGUAACAGUAUUAGAACAACAGUUGACUCAAAUGAGAGAAACUUUGAAGCUGGUGAAUAAUGAAAAAGAUGAAGCCAACAGACAAUACCAGAAUUAUGUGCGACAAUUGGAUGCACAGCAAGCAAAACUGCUUAAUGAACUUGAAAAUGGAAAAAAAAUAACCAGUGAUUUAGAAAACAGAGAGAAAAGCUAUAUACAACGUUUGUCAGAUUUGGAACAACAAUUGCAACAUGAAAAAGAGAAAAAUGAAGCUUUAGUACCGUUGCGAGAGCAUAAUGAUGAUGUAAAUAAUUUAAAGAAAAAUAUUGAGGAGUUAACUUCGCAACAAGAAAGGCUUCAUGCCACAUUAUCUGAAAAGGAUACGCAAAUCGAAAUGUUAACGAAUGAAGUGCAAGAACUACGAAAUACAAAAGGCAAUGAAGUGGAUGCAGCAAAAUUGGUACAAGCUUUAGAAAGUGAGAAACUUGGUGCGUCUAGGGCUGUUUCACAAAACCAACAAUUAAAGCAACAAUUGACUGAGAUGGAAAAUGCUUUUGUUACACUUAGUAACACUAAGUUAGAUUUGACAGAACAACUUCAAGCUGAACGAAAUAUUGGCAGAAAAUUAAAUGCAAGAUUGAAUAUUGUUGAGACAGAAAUGGACAAUUUGAAAGAGAAAUUAAAAGAGAAGGAAACGUGUUUAAUAGAAUUAGAGAAAGAAAAGUUGCAAAAUGCUCAAAUUACAGAUCAGAUGCAACACUACCAAGCUCAAUCUCAUCAUGCUCAUACAUUACAACAAGAAUUACAAAACGCUUUGGUUUAUAUAGAAGAGUUAAAAAAGGAAAAUAAAGAACUCACAAAGAAAUUAGAAAUGCAAACACAGGAAGAAAUAGCUUUGCCAGAAGCAACUAUAAAUGUUAAUGGAGACCAACAUGUAAUAAGAUUGGAAAAUAAUGAUGAUAUUACAACAACACAAAGUUUGUCAUUGUCAAAAGGUAAAAAUACGUUGGAUGAUUCUAGACCUAUUACAAAAUUAGAAAAAAAAUUUAAAGAUGCAAUGGAAAAAGUUGCCGAAUUAACUGAUGAAAAACAAAAAUUGGAACAUUUAGUUCUCCAACUCCAAGGUGAAACUGAAACUAUUGGAGAAUAUAUUACUUUAUAUCAAAAACAACGAGAGGUUUUGACAAACAAAUGGAAGGAGAGAGAGGAAACCUUUCGUCAAUUAGUAGAUCAAUGUAAUCAACAACAAAAACAAUUACACAAGCUAAAAAUACUAGUUACUGAAAUGCUUAAAAAACAUCCUACAGAAUCUUGCGUUCAGUUAUAUAAGGACAUACAUGUUAUUAAUCCUGUGGUUCCUAAUGAUGAUGGGCAAGAGAAUGCAGAACUACAAUUGAUUGAAGAUAAAACAACAUCGCAGAUCCUUGAUCUUCUAACAGAAAUCAAAGAUUGUAAAGACAUAUACAUUACAGGACCAGACUUCCAUCCAUGUCCAUGGUGUUCAGGAAAGCUCAUCACUGUGUAAUCGUGAAUAGAUUCAUUCGUUUUAACAUUUGUUAUAAUAAAGUACCAUAUUUAUGUAACACUACAGAUAUAUUAGCUUAUACUAUAGACCAUAUAAUGCUUGUACAUAAAAAACUACUAAAUUUUUUUUAAACUUGUGUAUCAAUUUCUUAAAAAUGGGUGCGUACAAAAAGUAUGUCCAAGGAAUUACUUUAUAAAUAUACAGUGCCUUGAAUAGU